CAGUACACGGUGUAAAGCGGCGGUAAAGGCGGGUGGUAUACGUGCGAAUACACCGCGCUGCGUUACCUUCUCGCGAUUAUCGGCGCGCUUAUCGUCGUCAUGGCUCCGUUCGCGUGGACUUUUCGUGGGAACGUCAACCGGUUUUUCGUCGACGCGCAAAUCCUGCAGUAUCUUAUUGUAUUGGUCGGUCUGUUCAACUUCUCCUUGGGCCUGUACGAGGAUCAAGUCGGCAAAUUCGACUGGCGGCAGAACUAUGUCGGCAAAAUUAAAUUCGCCAGCUUCGACACGGUGUCCACGGCGAAGAAGAUCAUCGUCGCCACCGAGGAGAACGUUAUAGCCGCGCUUAAUCUGAAAUCGGGCCAGAUACUAUGGAGGCGAGUGUUAGAAAAAGGUUAUGGCGGCCGCAUCAGAACUCUAGGAGGUGUCGCGGAUGGAGAUUUGAUAUCCGUAAGCGGAGGUGUACCUGCCAUUGUCCGCGCCUGGGAUUUGGCAACUGGACAUAUACUUAACGAGUGGCCAAUAGCUGAGCCAAAUACCGACAGGAUAAAAGAUGUAAAAUGGCAUAUCAAAGAUGGAACAUUGCAUCACAUACUACCUAUUUAUAAUAGUGGAGUUGAAGUAACAUCUUAUGACACCAAGACUGGAGAAAAAUUAAAGACUCGAAGAGUUUCUGCACCGUUCAUAAGUCAAGAAACAGAAUGUGUUCUGGCAGCUCCAUACUUGGCAUGUUUAAAGGGGGACAGUUCUGUAGCUGUAGUGUUCUUAGUACAUCUAUUUGAUAGUAAUGCGCAGCCACAGUCGGUUACAAUAAAUGCAAUAUUUGGGGCUGGCACGCAAGGGCCAUACAAAUUAGAAUCUGUACUCGGAGAAGAACCUGUAAUUUCCAUUAAUGCGGAUAACUACCAAAGAAAGCGUAUUCUGGUUGUCGGAGAACCUCUGAUUCCCAUACAAAGAGAUAUCGCUGGUGACGCAACGCUUUAUGUUGUUUCUGUUGAUAAUCAGAAAGUACUUUUGGAAACAGCAUAUAAGAAUGGGAAAAUAGAAAUAGCAGCUUCAGACCUCUUAUCGUCCACACCUCUACCUGAUUUAUCGGCUACUUUAGCUCAUGCUUCUGUACAAUCACCGACUAUAAUGGCCUCCGUUUGUCCACGUCAAACGAAAGGAGUAACGUGUCGCCAUUUGUUAUCCUCGCAAGAUCAUAGCACUGCAUUAUUGCAGCACAAUAAAUUAGUAUGGGCGAGAGAGGAAGCACUCGCGAGUGUCGUGGCCGUCGAAAUUAUAGACUUGCCAAUGUCGGACAGAGAUCAAGCAAUCGAAACGGAAUUCGAUCAGAAAGAGAGGGACGUGCUAAGUAUGUUUCUUCGAAGGAUCACCUCGCAGAUCAAUCAGGCUAGGGCGUUCUUUCAAACGAUAUUGGAUUUAGUGCCUCAACAAUCCAAUCAACGUAUCGAUUUGGUGCGAGAUAAAUUCGGCUUGCACAAGAUGAUUGUGGCAGUUACAUCCGCUGGAAAGUUGUACGGUAUUGAGACCAGAAAAGGUGAAAUUAUCUGGCAACUUAGAUUGCCUAACAUCCAAGGUUUCACCAAGCUAUCCAAUACGAUGAUUUUGUACGUGCAAAGAGGUAGCAGACAUUUUCCUCAUCCACCUCAAUGUGCAUUGUUAGCAGAAGACAAGGAAACCGGAGAGGGCGUUGUAUAUACUUUUAAUCCGAUUACCGGGCAGCCGCUGGAUGGACUGGUGAAACUUGGAUACAAAAUAAAGCAGUCCAUGCUGCUGCAUGUAGCGACCGAUGAUUUCUUGCGUGGUAUCCUCAUUCUAGACGCACGGGAUAAGGUUCACGUUUAUCCCGAUAGCGCUACCGCAGUCGCGGCUUCGCUCGGAAAAAGCACGUACCUCUUCACUGCGGAUCAAGCGACGGGAAUAUUGUCCGGCUUCUCUCUUUCGUACAGCACGACACAGGAACUAAUCGCCCAUAAAGUGUGGGAGUUACUACUGUCGCCGAGAAACCAAAGAAUAACGCAAGUUGUAGCGAAAAAUCCGAUAGAACGUGUGCACUCUCAAGGAAGAGUUUUAAGUGACCGAUCGGUGUUGUAUAAGUACAUUAAUCCUAAUUUAGUGGCCGUAGUGACAGAGGGCAUUGGACAUGCUCACAAACAUACGCUUAAUUUGUAUCUGUUAGAUGUAGUGUCCGGAGCUAUGAUUUUCUCUAUCACGCACAAAAGAGUACGCGGUCCAAUCCAUAUUGUGCAUUCGGAGAAUUGGUUGGUGUACAGUUACUUUAAUGAAAAAGGACGUAGAACGGAGAUCGCUACGUUAGAACUCUAUGAAGGCAAGAUACAGAGUAAUACCACAGUGUUCUCCUCCUUAGCAACAACCAAAUUGCCAAUUGUAGAAAGACAAGCUUUCAUUUUCCCGGCGUCGAUAGAGUACAUGCAAGAAACGAUCACUGAAAAGGGUAUCACCAGCAAGCAUAUAAUAGUUGCUUUAGCUAACGGUGGAAUAUUAGAGUUGCCGUGGAUGAUGGUGGAUCCACGACGGCCUACUAACCCUGAAAUGCGAGAAGAGGGAGUGAUACCGUACAUGCCCGAAAUUCCAAUCCAUAUGGAUGCUAUUAUUAAUUAUAAUCAAAGCGUUUCUAGGGUUAUGGGUAUACAUACUAGUCCCAGUGGCCUUGAAAGUACUUGUUUAGUUUUUGUACAUGGUCUUGACCUGUUUUACACAAGGGUGGCACCAUCUAAAACAUUCGAUGUCCUAAAGGAGGAUUUUGAUUAUUAUCUUAUUGUGAUAGUACUUGCAGUGUUGUUGAUCUCGUCGUACGUCACUAAAAAAUUAGCAUCCCAAAAAGCUCAAAAGCAAGCGUGGAAAUGAUGCCUCGCUUUUCUAGAACUGUGUAAUAUUUAUGAAUCUGUUCACUAUAGGCAAGAAUUUUUGCUAAAAAUAACUUGUAAAAUAUACUGUUUUAUAAAUAGCUAAUUUUAAAACAGAAAAGUAAACGCUAAUACUUUGUUAUCUUACCUAAAAACAAAAACAAAAAAAAAUCUCUUAGCCUUAAAUCCUAAAUAAAAAUGUAGAGUGUAAAUUUUAUCCUCUUAAUGAUACAGAACGCACACGUGCGAUGGAUAGAAUUUUUCUGAAUUUUUCAAAGUAUGCUAUUCAAUGUAUGAGAGUGGACCAUGAUCAUUGAUCAUUAAAGUACAUUGAAGAAACUGAUGACGUGCUCAAAGUGCAAUUGCUUCUCUGUUAAUUGUACAGCAAUUUCUGCAAAAAGGCACGGGAUUUUGUUUGAUUCUCAUAAAUAUUCGAUAUGAAUCAAAGCAUUUCACAAAUGAAUUGGCAAUUUAUAAAAAAAUACGAAUAAAACUACGAUCACAAUGCAUUUUAUAGCAAGAACAUUGAAAUAUUGAUAUAAAUGAUACUGCGUUGAGUAAAGAGGCAAAUGUUUGGUAAAAAAAA